GCCAGGAAGAAUGCCUGAACUCGGCGCACACUGAGCUACCUACCCCAACCCAGUGAGCAGAGUCUGUCUGCAGACUUCACCUACUUGGACCACAAUGUGGAUGCGGUCACUUCUUGCUUGUUUUCUUUUUCAUCUGUCUCUUUCUCAGCCUCCAAAUGUGCAGUAUGUCCUGCUGGUUCCUUCUGUUGUACAAGAAAGCUCUUUGGAGAAAGCCUGUGCCCAGCUUUUCAAUCUGACUGAAUCUGUGGUUUUGACUGUCUCCCUCAACUAUGGUGAGGUCCUGACCAAAAUAUUCGAAGAGGAUGUUACAGGAGAAAAUUUCUUUAAAUGCACCAAUUUUGAGGUUCCGCAGGCCAGGUCAGCCCCUCUGGCUUUCCUCACCUUCUCUGCUAAAGGAGCCACUGUCCAUCUGGAAGAGAGAAGGUCUGUGGCAAUCAGGCCCAAGCAGAACGUGGUCUUUGUGCAGACAGAUAAACCCAUCUACAAGCCUGCUCAGGACGUGUUGUUUCGAGUCGUGUCUAUGAAUGAUGAUUUGAAGCCUGUUGAGGAAGUGUAUCCAGUGAUCACCCUUACGGAUCCAUAUGAUAAUCGCAUACAACAGUGGGUGAACCAGAAGUCUGAGAGUGGUAUCCUGCAACUUUCCUUCCAGUUAAUCCCAGAGCCCAUCCUGGGGUGGUACACGAUAACUGUGGAGACAAGCUCUGCGAAGAAAGAAUACCACUCCUUCUCAGUAGAAGAGUAUGUACUACCCAAAUUUGAAGUAACUGUGGAUGUACCAGAAACUAUCUUAGUUGUGGACUCUGAAUUCAAAGUUAAUGUCUGUGCCUCAUACACCUACGGCAAGCCUGUGGAGGGCAACGUGCACCUCAGAGUGUCCAGAGAAUCCACUUUCUAUGGUGACUGUAGACAUCUCUAUUCAAUCUAUAAAAAUUUUACAGUUCAGUUGAGGGAAGACGGCUGCGUGUCCCAGUUGAUUAACACGGAUGUUUUUGAGUUCAAUCGGGAAGGAUACAUGAGUUACCUGGAAGUGCAAGCUCUUGUCACAGAGAGUGGAACAGGUGUCCAGAUCACAGAAAACAGGAACAUAUUCAUAAACAAAUUCAUGGUGAAAAUGCAUUUUGAGAGCAUGGAUACAUUCUACAAACAAGGACUCCCUUACUCAGGCCAAAUUAAAUUGCUUCACCCUGAUGAUUCUCCCAUUCCAAAUGAGGUUAUCCAGUUGCAUUUAGCAGAAAAGAAUGUGGGCAACUAUACCACAGAUACACAUGGCAUUGCGCGAUUCUCCUUGGACACAUCCAAGAUCACAUACCCAAACAUCACCUUGACAGCAACCUACAAGGACAAUGAAAACUGCAAGGCUCAUGGCUGGGUGUUGCCUGAGUACCCCAAAGCAAAGUAUUUUGUAAAAAGAUUUUACUCCAGGACUAAUAGCUUCCUAAAGAUUGUCCCAGACAAGGAAGAACUGAGAUGCAACCAGCGGAAGGAAGUGCCCGUGCACUACCUUCUCAACAUGGGAGACCUUGAACAGAAAAGCUAUACAGUGAGCUUCAAUUAUUUGGUGAUUUCAAAAGGUGUAAUUAUUCUUCAUGGACAGCAGAAAAUUCAGAUCAAGGCUGAUGCCGCGAAGGGCGUGUUUUCCAUUCCCAUUGAGGUUAGCGCCGAGCUGGCGCCCUCUGCAGUUAUGUUGGUUUAUGGCUUGCACCCUGGAGGAGAAAUGGUCGCAGACACCACCAGAUUCCAAAUUGAGAAGUGCUUCAAAAAUAAGGUCAGCUUAAGUUUUUCUAAAGAAAGAAGCUCCCCGGGCUCAAGCGUGAGCCUGCGCGUCUCCGCGGCCUCCAGCUCGCUGUGCGCUCUGCAGGCUGUGGAUCAGAGCGUGCUGCUGCUGAGCAGCUACGGCCAGCUGUCUGCAGACAGUGUAUAUAACCAGUUAUAUUACAAGGACCUAUAUGGCUAUUAUUUCAAAGGACUUGACUUAGAAGAUGGUCAUAAAGAGCCUUGUCUCACAAAUGAACAAAUCCUCUAUAAAGGAAUUUAUUACGCACCUGUGUGGGCUGGCUUUGGAAGUGAUGCUUAUGACCUUGUGAAGGCAAUAGGAUUAAAGGUUUUUACCAACUCUCAUCUCCGGAAACCAGUGCUGUGCAAGGAUUUAAAAUAUGAAAGUUCCUAUGGAGGACUUUUGACAUCUGACUCUUCGAAAGUAAUCUCAGGUUCAGAAGGUUAUGGAGGUGGUGGUGGAUUUUAUCGCGAAACUGUGAGGAAAUCAUUCCCUGAGACUUGGGUUUGGAAUCUUAUCACAACUGACUCCACCGGAGUUGCCAACCUCAGCCUUACUGUUCCUGACACCAUCACACAGUGGAAGGCCAGUGGGUUCUGUAUGAAUGACGACAUUGGAUUUGGCAUCUCUCCCACCACCUCCCUGACAGCUUUUCAGUCCUUCUUUCUGGAAGUCACUUUGCCCUACUCCGUGGUUCAAGGAGAAUCAUUCAUUCUGAAAGCCAAUGUCUUCAACUAUCUCAACAGAAGUGUUCAGAUUAACACUGAACUGAAAGAGUCUAAUCUGUAUGAAGCCAAAUUUCUCUCAGUCAGCGAUGAAAAUGAUUAUACAAACAGCAAUGAGAAAAAAUCUUUGAGUUGGCUGGUUACUCCACACAAGUUGGGUGUCAUCAACAUCACUAUCACAGCUAAAACCCUGCAGAAUAGCGGCUCUGGGAAGGGGUCACCCCCAGCUCAGGACAUUGGCUGGAAGGAUACAGUGAUCAAACCAUUGCUUGUAGAGCCUGAAGGUAUAAAAAAAGAGACAACACAGAGCUUGUUUAUUUACACCAACGGAUCCACAGUGUCUCAAUCGGUAGUGCUCACAUUACCUGAUAAUCUUGUGGAAGGUUCCCUCAGGGCCUAUUGCACUGUUUUUGGAGAUAUUCUUGGUUCUGCCACUCACAACUUACAGAAUUUCCUACAAAUGCCAUUUGGUUGUGGGGAACAGAAUAUGGCCCUAUUCGCUUCCAAUAUUUAUAUACUGGACUAUCUGAAUCAGACACAACAACUGACAGAAGAGAUAAAAUCCAAGGCUAUUGGGUAUCUGACCACAGGAUAUCAGAAGCAGAUGUCUUAUAAGCAUCAGGAUGGAUCAUAUAGCACCUUUGGACAUAACUAUGAGCAGAAAAAUACAUGGCUUACAGCAUUUGUAUACAAGUCAUUUGCACAAGCUCGGCGCUACAUUUAUAUUGAUGACCAAGUCCAGUCUCAGACUCUUAUUUGGCUUCUAAGUAUUCAGAAAUCAGAUGGUUGCUUUUCAAAUUUUGGCGAUAAUUUCAACAAUGCUUUGAAGGGAGAAGAAGAUAGUAAGAUCUCCCUCACUGCUUAUGUUGUUAAUGCCCUGCUUGAAGCUGGUCACCCAAUCUCAUUUGUGGCAGUUCAAAAGGGUCUUCAGUGCAUAGAGGGUGCAUCUCACAAGAGUGACUUAACCACGUAUGACCAGGCUCUCUUGACCUACACUUUCAGUUUAGUAGACAAUAAGGAAAAACGAGAAUUAUUCUUCAAUGAACUGAGCAAGAAAGCGAAGAAAGUAGGUGGCUCAGUCUACUGGGAACUGAGAGGGACAUCCUCCGCCUAUGACCGCUGGGCUUCCUCGGCAGACAUAGAAAUGAGCAGCUACGUCUUGCUGGCUCUCCUCUCCAAGCCUGGGCUGACCUCUGAAGAGCUGUCCUAUGCUUCACAGAUCGUACAGUGGUUGGCAAAGCAGCAAAAUUCCCGUGGCGGCUUCGCCUCCACAAAGGACACUGCUGUGGCUCUCCAAGCUCUAACACUAUUCCAGACACUCACGUUUUCUAAAAACAGACAAAACUCUGUUCAGAUCUUCUCUGACAACGCGUUUAAUAGGUCCUUCCUGGUGAAUGAUGAGAAUCGCCUGGUUCCCCUACAAAUGUUGAUGCCAGAGCCUUCAGGACAGUUUACUGUGCAAGUGAGUGGCAAUGGCUACGUUUAUGUACAGACAACCCUGAGAUAUAAUAUCCUACUCCCGAAGAAAUCAUCUGGAUUCUCCCUUUCUGUGAAUACAGCCAAUGAGGUCUGCAGAGGACUGUUUGAUAAAAAGUUUGACCUUGUUGUUUCAGCCAGUUAUUCUGGCAAACGUGACUCUUCCAACAUGGCAAUCAUUGACGUGAAGAUGCUUUCAGGAUACGUGCCUGACAGGUCAUCAGUUCAGGAGCUUCAAGAAAGUGACAAAGUGCAGCGAGCAGAAAUUAAAGCCACCCACGUCUUUUUCUAUCUACAGAAUGUUACUCAAGAGAAAAUCCAGUUCUCAUUUUCCAUUGAACAAGACGCACUUGUAUCAAACAACAAGCCUGCAUCCAUUCAGAUCUAUGAUUAUUAUCAAACUGAUGAAUUUGCUGUUGCAGAAUACAGCACACCAUGCAGUCAGGUGUCCUCUGAAACCUCCUAGAUCUGGGAUUAAGAAAAUGAGACAAAAAAGAAGAUGGCACUUUGGAAUUGAACUAUGUACUAAAUGACUUUUGCCACUUUUUCAAGCAAAGAAAAGAUUCAGAAUUCCCAGAAUGUUCAGCUAGUAGAAUUCUCCCACCAGCAGCAUCUACCCUCAAGCACACCACCAGCAACCUGACACUGUCCCUACGCCCAUCCUCCCUGGAGUCCCAGGAGCCAGCUUGAAUUGUAAACAAGCCCAGUGGGAAGUGCAGGGUAGAUGGAUCCAAAAGCGAAGAUCAACACGGAAAGAUGAGAGCCACUCGACCCAUACUGCUGUAUUCCAGCCUCCAGUCAGGGAGCUCUUCAAGGUGUUCCAGUUCUCUCAUGGUGUCCCCCGGAAAUCAGCCUUCCACUUUCUCCUAGAGAAGCCUUAGUAACCCUUAAGUUAGAGUUUUUCUUCUUUUCUUUCACCAUCUCUCUGAUCUCUCCUUCCUGUUUCCUGAAAUAAAUGAUCUACACUCAA